GCCUCCAGCGCGGAGCGGAGCGAUGCUGGCAGGGACUGAGAGCAGCGGGAAGGGCUGUACUGGCCCCUGGGAUCGGACGAGGUCCGGGCGGGGGGUCCUUCUCCAGGGCAGACACUGCACCAAGAAGCAGUUUGGGAGGCUGAGAUGUGACCGGCAUUAGGACGCGGUGACAAGGCAAGGGAGCAAGCUGCCGGGGCGGGUGGCGGGGAAGCAGCAGCAAAGCCCCCGAAGGAGCGAAGCGGCCAAGCUGGAGGCAGAAGCCUGGAGCCCAAGUGACUGAGAGUUGGCCUGGCUUGCCGCGGUUAAACGAGCCCCAGCAUGCAAGCCGGGCUCUGCCCCCGGCUCCCACCGCCGAGCUGCCCUGCCUAGCGGAGGAGAAUCGCUCCCACUCCCCGGGAACUUCGCCGCUGCUUCGAAGCCAUGAGCAGCCACGUGUGGUUCCCCUUGCAGUACAUCGCCAAACCCUACCGCCGGGCACAGGCCCGCAAUGGCUCCGACUUCUUCUCUGCCCUCUACGGCUUCCCCAACCGAUCCGCCUUCUUCCACGGCGACUUGGACCUGGACGACCUGGGGGACUUUGACAGGGGCACCCGGUACGAAGGGGAGUCCCAGAGCCGGACGGUGAAGGCGCUGCUCAUCGUGGCCUAUUCGGUGAUCAUCGGCAUCUCGCUCUUCGGCAAUAUCCUGGUCUGCCACGUGGUGAUCAAGAACAAGAGGAUGCAUUCGGCUACCAGCCUCUUCAUCGUCAACCUGGCCAUGGCGGACAUCAUGAUCACCCUCCUGAACACGCCGUUCACCCUGGUGCGAUUCGUAAGCAGUACCUGGGUCUUCGGAAAGCUGAUGUGUCACAUAAGCCGGUUUGUCCAGUACUGUUCUGUCCAUGUUUCUGUGCUUACCCUUGCAGCCAUUGCACUGGAUCGACACCAGGUUAUAAUGCACCCUUUGAAACCCCGGAUGUCAAUUGCUAAAGGAGGAAUUUGCAUCAUUAUAAUCUGGGUUAUGGCCAGCUGCUUCUCUCUGCCCCAUGCCAUCUACCAGAAUCUAGCAAGAUUUGAUAUUGGGAACAGAACUAUACGAAUGGUCUGUCUCCCCAGCUUCCCUCCUCCUGCUGAUCUCUUCUGGAAGUACCUGGACUUGACUACUUUUGUACUCUUGUAUGUCCUGCCCUUGCUUGUGAUCUCCAUCACGUACACAAUGGUAGCCAAGAAGCUCUGGCUGAGGAAUGCCAUUGGAGACGUCACCAUGGAGCAAUACUUUGCCCAUCAGAGGAAGAAGAAGAUGACACUGAAGAUGUUAAUGGUGGUGGUGGUGGUUUUUGCUGUCUGCUGGUUCCCACUGAACUGCUACCUGGUGCUCAUCUCCAGCAGGGCCAUCCACAGCAACAAUGCUCUGUACUUUGCUUUCCACUGGUUUGCCAUGAGCAGCACCUGCUACAACCCCUUCAUUUACUGCUGGCUCAAUGAGAGCUUCCGCUCUGAGCUCAAGUCCCUGUUGUGUGUGUGCCGGCGAAAAAAUGCAGCCCAGAGCCACGCACUGCAGUCCAUCUCUCCUCCUUUCAGGCAUGCCUGGGCUGAGAAUUGUCAUUAUAAAAGGGGCAGCUGCUCUCAGAAAGCAAGAGCAUCUUCCCAAAGAAACUCUGCAAAGACAGACAUAUCCAGCGUCCAGCCAAUUGUGACAGGGAGCUAAGCCACUGAACUGACAGUUAAUCGAGCUCCCUGGGUCCUGAAUCUAGAAAAUUGGAUAUUACAUUUAUUUGUAUUAAGUUACAAUCACAAUCAGGAGCAAUUGCACAGACUGGGUAAUGGGAUAUAGAGCCUUUAAACUUAGGAGAAAGAAGACCUAAUUACUACUAUAUAUACUUUGGGGUGACAGUUUAUUUUAUGGAGA